AUGAAAUGGGUCGUCGAGUCGUCUCCGGCGGCUGUCACCUGGCAGAGCGGAAAAACGGCGACUUUGCGGCUCUCCAGUGGCUGUCACCCGACGGAGAGGAGUUGGAUGGAGGUGGGGCGCGUGUUAGGGAGCUUCAUCCUCAGGUCCGCGCAGCAAGAGGAGGCUCUUCAUCGCAUCUGGUACGCUCCCAGGAGGUGGUGA